AUGGAUCUGGUGACGGGUGCCAUGGGCAGCCUGCUGGUCAAGCUGGGGGAGCUCCUCAGGGAGGAAUACCAUCUGCAGAGGAGCGCCAGGAACAAGGUGGAGUUCCUCUCGACAGAGCUAGAGAGCAUGCGAGCCGCCCUCCUCAACAUCGCGGCUGUGCCCCGUAAGGACCUCAACGUCCAGGUCAAGCUCUGGGCCAGCAAGGUCAGGGAUCUCUCCUAUGACACGGAGGACAUCAUCGACAGCUUCUUCGUGCGUGUCGUCGAGGGCGGUCAUGUGCCCCCAGCCUCAAACCGCUUCCGUUCAUUCAUGAAGAAAAUGUCCAAGUGGUUCGAGAGAGUCAAGACUAGCAGGGAGAUCGCUCAAGCCCUCGAGGAGGUCAAGGUGCAGGUCUUGGAGGUGGCCGACCGGCGCGACAGGUACGCACUCGACAGGCUCGGUGUUGACAACGCGUUUGUGGCUGCUGCAGCCACCGCUGUCAACCCUCUCUUGCCGGCUCUAUAUACAAAGGUGACUGACCUCGUCGGCAUUGGUGGGCCGAGCCAGGAUCUGAUCAAGGAGUUGAAGGACGUGACCAAGGAACUAAAGAUAGUGUCCAUUGUCGGGUUCGGAGGGCUAGGCAAGACCACUCUUGCCAAAGCUGUGUAUAACGGCUUAGAAGCACAAUACGAAUGCACAGCAUUCGUGUCCCUCUCACAGAGACCACAACUGAAGAGGGUCCUCAAAGACAUGCUACAUCAGCUCGACGACAAGGAGUUCGCCACCAUCAAUGAAGCAUCACGAGAUGAAAUACAACUCGUCGAUCAACUGUCCAAAUUCCUUGAGACCAAGAGGUACCUCAUUGUUAUUGAUGACAUAUGGGAUGCAAUGUCAUGGGAGAAUGUCAAACAUGCUUUCCCUAAUAAUGGUUGUGCAAGCAGAAUAAUCACAACAACUCGUGAGUCUGGUGUUGCUACACACAUCAGUCGCAACUGUUAUGAAUUACCUCCUCUUAGCCCAGAGAAAUCCAAAUCAUUAUUCUAUAGGAGACUAUUUGGCAUCGAAGAGAAAUGUCCUGCACAAUUGGCCAAAGUAUCCAUGAAGAUCCUGAAUAAAUGUGGGGGUCUACCAUUAGUUAUCAUCACUAUGGCUAGUCUAUUGUCUACUAAACAAGAAAAUCCAACACAAUGGGAUGGUGUGUGUAACUCUAUUGGUCGUGGAUUAAUCCGCGGCGAUCCUAAUAUAGAAAACAUGAAGGAAAUAUUGGCCCUAAGUUACUAUAACCUACCUUCACAUUUGCAAACAUGCCUGUUGUACCUAAGUAUAUAUCCAGAAGACUAUGAGAUUCCGAAGGGUGAUUUAAUAUGGAAAUGGAUUGCCGAAGGUUUCAUCACACAAGAAAACAACAUGGUUUCAUUAUUUGAGGUUGGGGACGGUUAUCUCAGAGGGCUCAUAAAUAGUGGUAUGGUACUGGCAUGCAUGGACUAUAAAAGACAAGCAACACAUUGUCGUUUGCAUGACAUUGUACUUGAAGUCCUCUGUUCCCUGUCACAAGAAGAAAACUUUGUUACAGUGCCAAAUCAUGCCGAUGGCAUAGAUCGGCGAAGUAAGGUCCGGAGGCUAUCCAUCCAGAAUAGAGAGGAAGGUACUGAAACUACACCACUUGCUUCCCUGCUGCAACCACAAGUGAGGUCCAUUACUACCUUUCCGCCUGCUAUUAACUUAGUACCGGCUCUUUCGAGCUUUGGAAUUUUGCGUGUAUUGGAUCUAAGUGGAUGCUUCAUUGGUGAAGGUAGCCACAUUAACCUUAAUGAUGUGGGGAAUUUAUUUCACCUGAGGUACCUUGGUCUUGCUGGUACACAAAUCUGUGAACUGCCGGCAAAAAUUGGUAGGCUGCAGUUUUUGCAAGUCCUGGAUGUAAGAUACAAUCCCAAACUUACAGAACUACCAUUGAGUGUUUAUGAGUUGAAAAGAUUAAUGUGCCUACAUGUUGAUGGUUACUGCACGAGGCUCCCAGAUGGGUUGGGGAAUCUGACAUCCAUCCAAGUAUUGAAGAAGAUUUGUGCCACUCUAAACAUUGUGAAAGAGUUGCGCAACCUGUCAAAGCUAAGGGAGCUCAAAAUCAAGUUUGAGGAUAAUGCAAGCCUGGAGUUAAGGAAAGCUUUUGUUGAGUCUUUAUCCCACCUUCAAGACCUCCAAAGUUUAGUUAUUCGUGGAUCUUUUCCAUCCAUGGAUCUCUUUGGGGAAGAUUGGGUGCCCCCUCAACGACUCCGCGAAUUUGAGUCGGUCAUGUGCGGUAUUUUCCCUGCGGUGCCGGCAUGGAUAAAGGUCAACCCAGUUAUUGUCUCGGUCCUCUCUGAUCUGACCAUGGGCUUCAAGGAACUACAGGAGGAGGACAUGCUUAUCCUUGGGAUGUUGCCGGCUCUCCAUCGCCUCUGGUUAUUCAGUUCCCAACAAACACAGGCAGUGUUGCCUAUUGGUGCUGACGGUGUUCGGAUGGCAAGAGCCAAUGGCAAUGAUGGUUUCAACUUCGGUCUGAUGAACCUCGCCUCACUUAAGCAGAUCACUGUCGGAAUCGAUCGUGAUGGUGCAACGAUUGAAGAUGUGAAUGAGGCAGCAGCCACAUUGAGGCGUGAAGUCAGCACUCAUGACAAUCAUCCCGGCAUUACUGUUGAUAUCAGGCCACCAAUAAAACCAUGCGAGAACUACCUUGAGCAAUUAACAGAAAGAGGGUUGCACGGUUGGAAAAUUAAUCCAAAAUUUGUCAGCAACUGA